UCCCGCGUUCUCCCUCGUCCUCUGCCGCCAUGUCAGUAUCCACGGGCAACAGGCUCCAGCGCCGGCGCUCUCUCGGCCCGGUCUCACCCAAACGCAUCUACAGAAACCUGUCCGUCAGACUGAGGGGUGGGGAGUCAUCUGUUGCCAAGGAAACGGACGUACCCAGACACCCGAGGAGGCCUGCAAGCGCUUACCAGACCCUGUGGGAGGCAGUGGAAAAUGAGGACACUUUGGCCGUACAAAGCCUGCUGUCCAGAGACAACAUCCACUGUGGAGGAGGAGGAGGAAGCAGCACAAGGGAACGAGGAGAGAAGAAAGAGAAGAACUGCGAGAGGGAGAAGGAGAGGGGGGUGAACAGGGUGAGCGAACAGGGCCUGGUCCCCCUGGACGUGGCUGCCCUUACCCACAAUUCCCCUCUGCUCCAUGUGUUGACCAAGGCGGGGGCCAGCCAUAACCCCGUUUUGUGCCGGCCUGCGGAGUGGGCCCUUAAGCUGGACGCGCUGGUGGCGCUGGCGGGCAAACGGGUGGAGGAGAGGAAGAAUGAGUUGGUGAAGAAGGCCGGCUCGGGGCCUCAGGCGCAGGUCGAGGUCCACAGAAGCAUCUGUCUCUGGAGCCUGCGGCUGCAGCUGUACUGCCGCAUGAGACGCAACUUCCAAAACACAGAACUGCCCGGGCCUCCCAGUCAUGUGUCCAUACUGGUGACCAGCGCGUCCUCUCUGUAUGUGGUAAUCAAAGAGCCGGAAGGGGACGCCAUCGGCCUCAUCACCCGCUACAGAGUGGAAUGGAGCACCUCGGCCAGCUUCAAGCGCAUCCUGGGCUCACCCCAAGUCUUAGAGACCAAGAACCCUUCCUACAGCAUCAAAGGGCUCACAACAGGAGUGCAUUACUUUGUGAGAGUGAGCUGCUAUAACGUGAGAGGAUGGGGCCCACCUCAGUGCUCCACUCCGGUCAGCGCCGCCCCCUCCAGUUGGAGAGAGUGCAUCGGCGUGAAGUCACAGUUUAGAAAUCAUGAGGACCUCGUGAGGAAACUGUUGGAAGACGCCAGAGAACCACAUUACAAAGGAUUCUGCAUCGAGAGCUCCAAGCCCCAGAGUCCCAGCAAGCGGCUGUCUGUGUCUCGAGGCAUCAAACAACUGUUCCACUCCGCCACCAAGUUUGUUCGUCUCCUGCAGAGGGGCGUGUACUUGGCUACUGUGUUCUAUCACAAGGAAAACAUCCUGGUGACAGCUGAAGAUCAAAUCCCACUGGUGGAGAUCCAGUGCUGCUCCACCUCCAUCAUCCAUGACUUCCUUUGGUUUGCCAAGUUAUCCUGUGCAUGGCAACAAGUACCGUGGCUCCAGCAGGCCCUUUCCUCUGCUCAUUCAUCUUCCUCCUCCCUCCUGCAGAACAGACACAACAUUUUAAGAGCCAUUUCCCAGCUGCAGUCUUCUCUGGGAACAAUGCAGCUGGGCCAGGUGUACUACGAACCUCUGAAAGACCGGCAGGGGAACGUCCUACUGGUGACUCUGAAAGAGUUCCCAAACCCGCCCAGCCCUCCAGACCCCCCGCUCCACUGGAUGCCCCUGGCUCGUCUGGAGAAGAACCGCGGCAGAACUCCUCUGGUGCCCGAGCCCACUGCCAUGGACAUGCUCUACGACCAGCUCAAGGACAAGCUGACCCUCCACAGGCACAGCGUUCAGAGCGCCAAGCCGGGUCUCUACGUCGGCAUCCUGAAGUUGUGCAGCUCAGUGGAGCAGAUCCGGGUCCUGGUGCCCCAGAGGCUGCCCAAUGUCCUCUGCCACACGCGGGUCCGACACAAUGCCCACGUCUCCAGGGAGGAGUGGGCGUGGCUUCAGAGUCACGUUUACACCACGACCAAUGGCACCGCUCCAAACCCGUUGAGCGGCGAGGACGAGAGCGGCCUGGAGAGCGGCGAGCUGGGGGAGUUCAUCAUGUCUCUGAGAGUGGCCGUCACGCACCUCCUGACGAAGCUCAACAUCCCCCUCUACAGGGCGUAUCAGUACGGCGUGUACACCCGGGAGCUCCUGCACUUUGGGGACACGCUGUCCAUGCUGCUGCUGCUGCCCCCCAGUGAGGACUUCAGCUCCAGCUACUGGCCUCUGUCGGGGACAAAAGAGCCCGGACUCACCAUGCCCCUGCAGAUCUUUGAGCUGGUUCACUUCUGGACCUACGAACGCGACUUCCUGUCCCAGUACUGCCAGGCCUGGGUGCGGCUGGAGCUGGACUCCCAUCUGGCCCAGCAGGCUCUGCGGGAGGCGCUGGACACCAAGGAGGUGCAGGAGGCCCGCGAGCGCCUGAACCACAUCACGGAGCUUUCCCGGCGGCUCGAUGUGGUGUGGAGGGACGCACGCUGGAUUAUGGACUGUCUGCAGUGCGUCCGCUCCAAGCAGUGGGUCGGCGCGGUGCCUCUCGGCCUGGUGAUGGGAGGAGAACCACCGCCGCGUCCGGAUGGGGAGGACGAGAGCUUGACUGCCAGACUGACGUGGCCCCAUCGCCUGCAGGCACAGAGAGCCAUCGCGGAAUCUUUGGUUGACGGGACUCCAUUCAACACCGUGUCCGCUGAGGUCGCCGCGCCAUCAGGAAUCAUGGUCGUCCCUGAAGAGGCCACGCUAUUGAUGGAGGGCGUCGCCAAGGGAGGCUACCCUUUAGACAUCAGCCAAUCCAGCGUAGACUUGACGAGCCUCGGCCAGUCGGAGCUCGGGUGUGCCAGCGCGUUGAUCGAAUCCGGACUGGAGCCCGGCGCGGUCGCACAGUUUGAAGUGGGCUACGCGGUUUUGGAGAGACAGGAGUCGUACAGGGGGGAAGAGGACUUUGCAUCGAGCCUCACUGAGGUAAUGCGACCGAUGGAGAUGGCGGAGCUGGUGGACAUCUUGCCCACGCUGACCCUCAUCGAUGAGGAGACCCCACGUGGCCCGUCCACCCCGUCGGUAUUGGAUAUGCUGGAGAGCUUUGGACUGGGGAUUGGUGAGAGCAACACCUUCUUUGAGUUCGAGGACUCAGCCGGUGGCGUGCGUCAGCCCGACCGUCUCUCUGACAGCAACGACAGUGCGAGAGAGGCUCCCUGUGGGAAUACAGGUACGUCUGCCCCCACCGCCAGCAAGGGAGCGGGCCUUCCGCAGAGAAACCAGGUGGAGUGGGACAGACCAGCUGACGGUUCAUCCUGAUGACAGCUCGAGCACCAGCCGCCCACGACCUUUGGCCGACUGGAAAACCAAUCAGCGGGCUGCAGAGCAGUUGAUCUACAAACAGAAGAGCCUGGCUGGGUCUUUUUAAAUGGCUUGGAAAUGGUAUUUUUACUUUGUGUGUCCAACUGUCCAUUUAAGUAAAAUUCCAGUGACAACUCCAUCUAACACGCGAUUGAUGUUACUUGCACAUUUCUGGCCCUAUAGUUCUAGCUCUAUAGCUCUAACGUCCAUUCAAGCGUAUUGUUUAGGAAGUUGUAGUAGUCAUUUUUAUGAUUUAAAAGACAAUCACUCACCAACAGCAUAAAGCAACAUUGCUGCUGGAUGGAGCUUGUAAACAAAUGUCUCUAAAAGGCCAUUAUACUGAAUAUGUAAUUGAAUUGGUUCCUCUUGGUUUACCGGUUUGCACUUUUGGCAUAACAAAUCAGUAUCGAGAUUUAUGCUAAGGUUGAUUUUACAUUAUUUACCGUCGGUCCUACCAGUUUGCAGAUUCUGACAAGAUCAACAUCAAGCUGAAGACUCGAUAUCGAAAGAGAAAACAAGCAACUCAGAUAAGAAAGAAAUGUCGAAGACAAAUGGUCAGUGAUGGAAAACUCAAGAUGUCUACUCACAGGGCUGAGAAGGACAUAGAGUAUUUUUUUCCACCCUUUCAAUUUCUUUCAAGGAUGUUCCUUCACUACAAAGGCCUAUUCAUAGGUUUUGAAAAGUACUCGCAGUUGCCUACUAUAAAGCAUACACGUUACGACAAAUGUUUUUUGGGUCUCAAUUUGUGAAGGAAAAUGUGCAUAGAAGAAUGGAGUACAGUCUAAACAAAACGUAGCUAUAAAUAGCUCAGCGCCCUUAAACAAACCAUAAACAGCUAUUUUUAAUUAGGAGUUCUUAUUCACUAUCUUUGGUAGAAAUAAGAUGGCUGCAUCAAGAAUGAUCAUUAUGUGUUAAACUGUCCACUGGGUUGACACAGGCCAAAGUGUUGUUGCUAAUCCUAUUAAAUACUGCCCGUGAUCACAAACUG